GAGCAAUUUUGGACGAAGUCGACCACCGUACUCGAUACCCUUUCCCCUCUAUCUCCCUAUGAUGUUUUUCUUUUUCUUUCUAACUUUUAGCUACUAUAGCUAAGUUUGAACCUUCAUUUUGCAGUGCCUUUACACAGACAGUCAUUCUAUUUGUUCCGUUUUCCAACAUGUUCACGACCACCGGUUCCCGAGGGCUCGAUAAGGCCCCCCUGUCUAAAGGUCUCCUCCUGGUCCUCAGUGGUCUGACUGUCGUGCUAACCCUCCUGCCACAGUACCAUCACCUGUUCACCUACAGCCUGCAGGCCAUCACGCAGCAGCACCAGGUAUGGCGGUUAGUGUGUGGCAGACUGAUCUGUCUGGACCUAAAGGACACCUUCUGCAACAGUCUGCUCAUCUACAACUUCCGCAUCUUGGAGAGACGGUUCGGCAGCAGAAAGUUUGCUUCCUUCCUGUUUGGGACGUGGGUGCUCACUGCACUGGUGGACUUCCUGCUGGCCGAAGCGUUUCACUACCUGUUUGACUACCAGGUGGCUGAGCUGCCUGCCGGACUGUGA